UAGUGCUGUCGUCUGUGCCGCCUGGAGUGCAUUUGGCGCCAUCUACAGUCAGCGCAAGCAGUUACGGAGUGUACGCGUCGCUGUGGAUACGAGAGGGUGUCACCAUCGGUCCAUUCUGCGGACAGCGACGGCAUGUCGACCAGAUUGAUUUUUCCAAACACAACCCGUGGAUGUGGGAGGUGUUAGACACAGAAGGAAGUGUGAGCCACGUUGUCGAUGCUAGUGAGCCACCAUGGCGUACCUGGCUCUCCUACGUACGCUGCGCGCGGCAACAAGACGAACAGAACCUGGAGCUGGUGCAGUCAGGCAAUGAGCUCUUCUACAGGACAACGAAGCCAAUACCGCCCGACCAGGAGCUGCUCAUAUGGUAUGGCAGCCGUUAUCUGCUCUUCUUUGGAAUGCUGGACGAUGCAAACUACAGGCGGAGCGGUCACCUGAUGGCCGAGGAAGUGACCAGACCAGCCUGUACAGUGAAACAGAUGCUGCCCGUAUGUAAGCUACAGUGCACCGUCUGUAGGCGAGGCUUCAACUCUAAGAGCAACCUUCGUUCGCACAUGCGCAUUCACACACUGGAGAAACCAUUCCUCUGUCAAUACUGUCACCGCAGCUUCAGCCAAUCGUCCACUCUACGCAACCACGUCCGUCUGCACACAGGUGAGCGGCCAUAUAAAUGCCAUGUAUGCAGGAGUGCUUACUCCCAGCUCGCUGGUCUCCGUGCGCACCAGAAGAGUUCGCGACACCGGAAGCCAGCAAAUGCUGCUCAGAGAACAGACAGAGGCGACAAGCCAUCAUACCCAGACACACACCACGCAGAUGACGCAAGCCCGUGAUGUCACCAGCGCUGCGCCAUCGUGAGAGCAACACGAGAGUGUAGUCGUGGCAACCACCACGCAAGGCUAUUGACGCUGUCACGAUGAUUUAACUGGGUCACUGUGCAGUGUAUGUGCGUGCGUGCGUCUGCAUGCCUACGCGCUGUGAUCAUGCACUUAUUACGCUAGUCCACCAAACAGUAUGAAACGACACGGAAAGUGUGGAGCGCACCAAACACAAUCGACAGUUCACUAGUUACGUACUAGCAUGGCAUGUUACUUGAGUCUUAUACAUAAAUAACAAAGUUUCUCAAUUAUUGCCCCAAAAACAAAAAACGGAAUUUAUUUGAACAGAAUGAAAUCGGGAAGAAAACAUGUUGUUGCAACUCUUCCUAAAUUUAAAUCCCAUUAAUGGACUGUGUUUCAAUGCUGAAAGUUGUCUUGAAAUUUUUCCAAUGAGACAAAUAGAUUAGAAUUAUAUACGUAAUUUAUUUAUUUUACAAUGCAACUUUUGAUAACAAUGUAUUUCUACAAAAUGUAUAUAUAAUAUUGAAUAAAUAAAUACUCAUAUUUAAUCAAAAAUUAAAUGGGUAUUUCUAAGUAUGCUACAGAUCAUUUUUUAUAACUAAUCACCAUUAUUUUGAUGCCAUGGUCAAUAAGCUUAAAUACUGAUAAGGAAAUAAACAGUGAGAGUGUUCAGAUGUUAUUAAUCACUGCUGACCUAUCUCAGAUUUAUCAAACAUGUCAUGCUAACAGAAACUUCAGAAUAACUUGUCCCAUAUGUAGUGUUUUUCCGGGUUACAAUUGAAUCUAAAUGCAAGACAAUAGAACACCACAAAUUUUCUUUGAUGGAACAACGCACAUUGCAUUGCUUUCCUAAUGCCAAAUAAAAAAACAUACUUCAAAAUAUUGUGAUUUCUGAAUACCUACAUAUAUGACUAACAAUUUCAUCAUUUGUAAAAAGCUGUGUUGAAUAAUUUCGUUUUCCGAUUGGGCAGAACGUUCAUAUGGGCAAA